AUGCUGGCCACACUGAGCGUGGACAAGUCGUGUUGGGCGGAGGUCAAGGACCUGAACUACGCUCUUGAGUUCGUGCAGGAGGCGCAGUACCACGGGCUAGUCCGUCUCAGCUGCGUUUUGUCGGAUGCUGGUACGAUUGUGGCUUCGGACGAGGGCCACUAA